AUGUCACCAGAGUAUGCAGUUGAUGGUCUCUACUCAACAAAAUCUGAUGUGUAUAGCUUCGGAGUAAUAGUCCUAGAGAUCGUAAGUGGGAAAAGAAACAGAGGAUUCAGUCAUCCGGAACACAACCUUAACCUUCUUGGGCAUGCAUGGAGACUGCACAUGGAAGGAAGAUCCGUUGAAAUGAUUGACGCUUUAAUAAAAAAUUCUUGUAAUCUAAAUGAAGUAUUACGUUCAAUUCAUAUCGGUUUACUUUGUGUUCAACGGAGUCCAGAAGACAGGCCGAGCAUGUCAAGUGUGGUUUUUAUGUUGGGUGGUGAAGGUGCUUUGCCUGAGCCUAAGCAACCUGGUUUCUUCACCGAAAGGGAGAUAAGUGCAGCAAAUUAUUCAGUGCAGCAAAUUUAUUCCAUCAAACAAAUCAGCGACUCCAAUCUUCCUGCUAAUGGUCUCACUAGUAGAUGUGUUCAACGGAGUCCAGAAGACAGGCCGAGCAUGUCAAGUGUGGUUUUUAUGUUGGGUGGUGAAGGUGCUUUGCCUGAGCCUAAGCAACCUGGUUUCUUCACCGAAAGGGAGAUAAGUGCAGCAAAUUAUUCAUCAAACAAUCACGACUCAUCUUCUGCUAAUGGUCUCACAGUAACAUUAUUAGACGCGCGAUAG